AUGGAGAAGAUACUUGACGGAAGAACUAAUGGAGCACUCAAGAAGACCAAGAUCGUGUGUACUCUUGGACCAGUGUCCAGGUCUGUUGAGAUGAUCGAGAAGCUUCUCAGAGCUGGUAUGAACGUUGCCCGUUUCAACUUCUCCCAUGGCACUCACGAGUACCACCAAGGAACUCUCGAUAACCUCAUAAUCGCCAUGAAGAACACUGGUAUUCUAUGUGCCGUCAUGCUUGACACAAAGGGUCCUGAGAUUCGAACCGGAUUUCUCAAAGAAGGCAAACCGGUUCAGCUAACUCAAGGUCAAGAGCUCACAAUCUCAACUGACUACACAAUGGAAGGAGACUCAAACACAAUCUCCAUGAGCUACAAGAAGCUUGCUGAGGAUCUCAACCCAGGGAAAGUGAUUCUCUGUUCAGACGGUACAAUCUCUCUAACCGUCUUGUCAUGCGACAAGGCCAACGGUCUUGUCCGUUGCCGAUGCGAGAACUCAGCAACCCUAGGAGAGAAAAAGAACGUUAACCUCCCAGGAGUUGUAGUUGAUCUCCCAACGCUCACAGAGAAAGAUCAAGAAGAUAUUCUCAAGUGGGGAGUUCCUAACAAGAUCGAUAUCAUCGCUCUCUCCUUUGUUCGUAAAGGUUCUGAUCUUGACCUAGUCAGGAGGUUACUUGGAGAGCACGCAAAGAGUAUCGUGCUUAUGUCAAAGGUUGAGAAUCAAGAAGGAGUGAUGAACUUCGACGAGAUUUUAAAGAAGUCUGAUGCUUUCAUGGUGGCUAGAGGAGACUUGGGGAUGGAGAUUCCGAUCGAGAGGAUCUUCCAAGCUCAGAAGAUGAUGAUAUCGAGAGCCAACGCUGUCGGAAAACCAGUCGUGACAGCCACGCAGAUGCUCGAGUCCAUGACGAAAUCUCCUCUUCCGACAAGAGCCGAAGCAACAGACGUGGCCAACGCUGUCCUUGACGGCACGGACUGCGUCAUGCUCAGCGGAGAAACCGCCGCCGGGGCCCACCCUGAAGCCGCCGUGAAGAUCAUGGCGAGAAUCUGUAAAGUGGCAGAGGACACCAUCGACUACGAAGCUGUGUACGAGAGGAUCCAAGAAGCUGUUCCCUUGCCGCUGUCUCCUAUCGAGGACUUGGCAGCUUCCGCCGUGUCCAAGGCCAAGAUUCACAACGCCAAGGCGAUUGUGGUGCUCACUAAAGGCGGCUACACGGCGGCGCUUGUGGCGAAGUACAGGCCUAGCGUUCCGAUUCUGUCGGUGGCUGUGGCGGAUGAUUGUGAGUCGAGGUGCUCCGUUACGGUGGCGAAACGUGGCUUGAUUUACCGUGGGAUCGUUCCGGUGGUUGCGACCGGUGAGUCAACGGAGGAGAGGACGAGGUUCGCGAUGGAGUUUGCGAAGGAGAAGGGAAUCUGUAAGAGUGGAGACUCUGUUGUGUUGUUGCAUUACAUUGAUGGUUCCACCGUUCUUAAGAUACUCCCUGUUGAGUAGACUUGUUAAACUUAGAAGUUUUAAAU